UCAAAAUUGUGACUUUAGUGAAACGAAAAUUAUUCCUUUAAAAAACUUUAGCAGAAGUGUAAAAUCAAUACGGUGCAACAAAAGUGAAAAAAUUUAGUUCGAAAUUGAUUAUCGUUAAACUCACAGCGAAGUGAUUUAAUAGUGUUUGUUUCUUUCAUUACAGGAUCUGAAUUCACCCAAUUUCCCAUCUCCCGCAACUCCCUUGAGAAAUGUGGACGAGAUGUCCACUCUUUACUUCCGGGAUGGAGUACGAAAAAUAGACUUUGUACUUGCGUAUGAAGACUCCGAUUUCCGUAGAAAUGAGUACAGGAAUAUGUUCCAUAAGAACCUCCGUCAAGCUGGAUUGGAAUUAGAACUUGAAGAUAAAUCGCUUUCACAAGAUGGAAAAACGUAUUUCCUGAAACUCCAUGCUCCUUACUCCAUUUUGAAAAAACAUGCAGAUGUCCUGAAUAUUAAGCGACCCAUAAAGAAUGAUGAAUUCAAGCCUAGUAAACAAACUAGUUUAAGUAGCUUCUUUCCAGGAUCUUUCAAAAAUAUAUUUGGCUACGACAGUAAUUUAAUUCCAGAUGACAUAGACAUAGAAUACAAGAAUGAAGCUUACAGUGGGUCAAUGGAUUCGAGAAAUUGUCCGGAUUUGAUAUAUUAUACAGACGCACAACGCAGUCGCAUUGUUUGGGAGAUUUUGAUACGAACGCCCCACCACGGCGAUGGAAGAGCAAGUACAGGAGUUUUAUACCUUGUUAGUAAUGGUACUUAUAAGGCAGCAUACCCCCUUCAUGAUGGUCCUUAUGGAAAAGGUCCUUGUCAAAGUGAUGAAGAACAUAAUACUAGAAGGCUUUUGUAUAGUGAAUGGGCUAGGUUUGGUUGCUGGUAUAAACGUCAACCUUUAGGUCUAAUAAGGCGAUAUUUUGGAGAGAAAACUGGUCUUUAUUUUGCUUGGUUAGGAUUCUACACAACAAUGUUGAUACCUGCAGCUUUCUUAGGCUUAUUGACGAUGAUCUAUGGGGUUAGCACAAUGAAAUCAAAUAUUCCAAGGCAUAGGAAUAGUGGCCACUGGAGCACUUCACGCAUCGCGGCUGAUGAUAACAGACGCGCUGCAUAUGACCGAAGCCUUGAUCUUAUGUCUUCUUCCGCGGAAGCGUUCGACUCUGAUCUUGAGUACGUCUUCUGCCUUAAAUUAGCUUGGUUUCACCAAGCGGUCUUACCAGUACUG